CGGGGUUGGGGGGGGAGGAGGGGAGGGGGGACUCGAAGUGCCCCCCGAGCGGUGUUAUUUGGAUAUGGGGCCGUGUCCUGAGGGGGGGCGGGUUGGGGGGCCCGGCCCCCCCCCCCCUCGUCGCCCCCCCUCCCCCAGGGCAGGGGACACCCCAAGUGGCACCGGUGGGUCACCCCGAUAUAGGGGGGGACGCGGCGGGGGGGGCGUUGAGCAGCGCGACCUCGCAGCAGCACGUGGGGGCGCUGGGGAGCAGCCCCCCGGUAUCCGAAGACAAACCGGACCCCCCCCCCAGCGCCCCGGGGUUGGGUCAGAUCCAACCCGAGCUGUACGGGGACGGGGACGGGGCCCGCGGGGCCGCGCCGACCUGCGGCCGCCUGGCGGUGGCGCUGCGCUACGCCUACGGCUCCCAGCAGCUGCUGGUUCGAGUCCUGCGUGCGGUGGAACUGCCGCCCAAGGAUCCCAACGGGCUCAGCGACCCCUACGUUAAGAUCCACCUGCUGCCCGAGCGCAAGAAGAAGUGCCAGACUAAGGUGCACCGGCGCACCCUGAACCCCGUGUUCGAGGAGACGUUCAGCUUCGGGGUGCCCUUCGCCGAGCUGCCCUCGCGCCGCCUGCACUUUAGCGUCUACGACUUCGACCGCUUCUCGCGCCACGACCUGAUCGGGCACGUGGUGCUGGACAACCUGCUGGAGGCCGUGGAGCGCGGCGCCGACGUGCCCAUCUGGAGGGACAUCCUGGAGGCCGCGGGGGAGAAGGCGGAGCUGGGCGAGCUGAACUUCUCGCUGUGCUACCUGCCCACGGCCGGGCGGCUCACGGUCACCGUCAUCAGGGCCACCAACCUGCGCGCCAUGGACCUCACCGGCUACUCGGAUCCCUACGUCAAGGCGUCCCUGAUGUCCGAGGGCCGGCGGCUGAAGAAGCGCAAGACGUCCAUCAAGAAGAACACGCUGAACCCCAGUUACAACGAGGCGCUGGUGUUCGACCUCCCCCAGGACAGCGUGCGCCUCGUGGGGCUCACCAUCGCCGUCAUGGACUACGACUGCAUCGGCCACAACGAGGUGAUUGGGCUGUGUCACGUGGGGCCGGGGGCGGAGCCGCGGGGCCGGGAGCACUGGGAGCGCAUGCUGGCCAACCCCCGCAAGCCCGUCGAGCAGUGGCACCCCCUGGUGGAGGAGAAGUCUCUGGUGACUCCGCGGGACAAACCGGGAUCCGCACUGGAGAACGUGGGGCCCGACUGAGCAGACCCCGAAGCCAUAGGGACCCCCGGGCCCCCCCGGGCCCCAACCUGCACCACAGGGGGGCCCUGCCCCCCCCACUGUGAACCCAGGCGUCCGGGAGGGGGAUCCCCCCCCCAAAGGACCCAGGCGUCCGGGUGAACCCAGGCGUCCAGGAGGGGAUCCCCCCCCAUGAAGGACCCAGGCGUCCGGGAGGGGGAUCCCCCCCA